AUGAACAAAUUAUUGCGGAUCCGAGCUUCGUUCUCCUACGGCUCCUCGGGGGUUAAAGGUCUCCUCAGCUCGAAAUAUGUCUUCGGCGCGGCGGUCCUCGCCUCUCUGGGCGGCUUCUCUAUGGGCUACGAUAUGGGAGUCAUCUCCAUCAUCAAUGUUAUGGAGCAAUUCCACCACGCCUACCCCUUUGCGGCAUCUGCCUUUGGCAUGGAGUUUAUGACUGUGAUGCUGUUGCUGGGUGCUUUUGUUGGCUGCAUCUUCAUGCCCUAUGUGGUGGACUGGUUCUCGCGCAAGUGGGCACUGAUGGUUGUGGUUGUGAUAUUUAAUAUUAGUGCUAUUCUCCGGACAGCUGCACCAAACUAUGCCACUCUUAUGGCAGGAAGAUGUAUCAGAGGUAUAGGUGUUGGUACGCUUGCCUUGGUGCUUAACCAGUCUUCUGAGCAACCCCUUAUUCUAUCAGGUAUGUUUAACAUUUUGCAGAUGAUCGCUGCCAUAGUGUGCUUCUUGAUCAUUGAUAAAGUUGGGCGUAGACCCCUAGCUAUCUUCGGCGGUUUUGCGUGUGCUGCGGCAUACACUGUCAUUGCGGUCCUCUCCGGGCUGUAUUCAGCAGAUUAG